AUGGCGUCUCCAGCCACGGUUCCCUUCACCUCAGUCGACACCACCACGCGGCAGCCAGCUAAGGAUGAGGUCGAGUCGCCGAGCAUCUCGAGCACUAAUGCGCUUGCCCGCUACGAAUACGAGGCGGGCCAUGGCAAUGCCACAACCGGCACCAAGAUCCUGAUGGUGGAGUGGGAGGACGACGACACAACGCGGGGAGUGCGGGGAGACUGGCACAUAUCGUGGGACGGCAGCACGCGUGUUCUGCCCGCCAACGACCAGCCUGCCAGCGACGUGAACCGCAUGUAUUUCCUGCUGCCCCCGGGUGUCGCAGUACCUACAAGCGUUACACUCACGCUACGACCACAAGACGCUAGUAUAUCGCCUGUGGUCUGGCAUACAAAUCCUCUGCCUGCUUUGUUCCCUCCUGAAUUAGGAGCAUCCGCGCGUGCAGCGGGUAAGAAGGGCGUCCUGCACACUAUUUGGGCCAAGAAGAGGCUGCAGGUGCUGCAGAAAGAAAUCGAAGCCGAAUCGCGGAACAAUGUCGAAGGCGUUGGUCUGCUCAUGGUGGUGCAAGAAAAGGAAUGGAUCGAAUCGACUUUUGGUGUAAAUGCCAAACCAGCUGGUCUCAGCAUCUCGCUGGGAGAGGCCACGUUGGCCCCAAUGAAGGGCCCAGCUAGUCCACGAUCACCAGGCGGAGGGCGGCUGAUGGACAAGCUGGCUGGUCUGCGACUAGGUACGAGCGACAAAGACCUCACACCCACCAGCAGCGCGCCAGGCUUCUCAAAUCCUCUAUCGCCCGAGUCAUCGGAUAUCGCUAUUAGUUCAUUUUCCGUGUUCAAAGGAGCAAAUCCAUCGGCACUUGCUGCGAAACCUCCACAGCAACCACAGUCUCAACCAGCCGCGCCGCCUCGCAAGGUCGCUGCACAAGCCCCUCCGCACUUCAUUACAGAACAGCAAGGCGCUGGUAUGAUGGGCUCUUUGAACGCUCUAUCCAGCCCUGCGCCUGUCUUUCAAUCGCGAGGCUCAUCUGGACCUGCAGACGAGGACGACAAGGACGAUGGGCUCUUCGCCCUACCUAUAAGUCCGAGAAGUCCUGAGGUGGGGAAAAGUCCGUUUUCAUUUGCGGUAAAUGAGACAGCCCCUUUCUUGAAAGAGGAGAGUGCUGUUUGA